AAAAGAUGGAAUUAGUAUUGUCAUGCCCUGGAUAACAAACACGUUGCCGUUACAAAAAGUGUCAGUUCCCACUUCCCACUGUAGUCAGAGAGAGCCGCUGUAGCAAAUUAUUGGACUUUAAGUACUGAGCUAAAACCCCUUCAAAAACCCACACGAUUCCAAAAACGGCUGCAUAUAUAACUGAGAAGACAGCAAAUAAUUGAGUGAGAAAAAAGAAUGGAUCCGGGAAGUUCCGGGUACAAGGAUUAUGUAGCGGGUCUAAUGGCCGGUAUUGCUAUGGUUAUUACUGGUCACCCUUUUGAUACUGUCAAGGUGAAGCUCCAGAAACACAAUACAGAAGCACGGGGAAUAAAGUACAAUAAUGGAUUGCAUUGUGCUGCUAGAAUAUUACAAACUGAAGGAGUUAAGGGGCUCUAUCGAGGAGCUACAUCUUCGUUCAUUGGCAUGGCCUUUGAGAGCUCACUUGUAUUUGGUAUUUACUCCCAAACAAAACUACUGCUGCAGGGUGGACCAGAUGGAGGUAAGCCCCAACCUCGUGCAAUAGUUCCUUCAGCUGCCUUUGGAGGAGCUAUUAUCAGCUUCAUUCUAUGCCCAUCAGAACUGGUGAAGUGUAGGAUGCAAGUUCAAGGUGCUGAUUCUGUGGUACCAAGCUCCAGUAGAUAUAGUGGUCCACUUGAGUGUGCUGUUAAAACUGUAAAAAGUGAAGGGAUCACAGGCAUAUUUCGAGGAGGCUUCACGACUUUAUUAAGAGAAUCUUUGGGAAACGCUGUCUUCUUUACUACAUAUGAAUAUGUUCGUUAUCACUUGCAUCUACGACUGAAAGGUGCUUCCUCUGAGUCAAGCCACUUGGUUGAUGUUGGAGUUGGAAUAAUGAGUGGUGGUCUCGGUGGUAUAGCAUGUUGGUCAGCAGUUCUGCCGUUGGAUGUAGCAAAAACUAUAAUUCAGACUACCCCAGAGAAAAACCAUACGAGAAAUCCGUUUCUCAUUUUAAAAUCGAUUUAUGGGAGAUCCGGUCUUAGAGGAUGCUAUACGGGUCUAGGUCCUACAAUUGUGAGAGCUUUUCCUGCUAAUGCAGCUGCAAUUGUCGCAUGGGAGCUGUCUGCCAAAUUGUUGGGAAUCAAGCGUGAUUUGAACUAGUAAGAAAUCCUGAUUGCUGCCAAUACUAUUCUGGUUGCCUGCUGGCUUAAAGCUUUAGAGGCUCGUGGCAAGAUUACUCCAUGAUUCUUUUGAUGUGCCCUCACCGUCACACUACUAAUUUGGCACAAGCACGUUAUAUUUUAAUGAGAUAAUCCGAGCAUCUUUAAUAGCUUUGUGGUUCUCUCACGUUCUUUUUUUUUCUUUUAUCUAAAGGACCCAAGGUAGUAUCGUAGCUUGAUUGAUGUGGCUGGUUAUUGGUCAAAAAGUUAAUUGAAGUUGGAGUGUUCUUCUUAAGCUUUAUUGCACAACAUUAUUAGCUUCAAUAUUGGUGAUAUAUUCUAUGAUAAACGGUUUUGCAUACUC